AUGGACAACAACUAUAGGAUAAACAUCGGCAAGUGGCUGCCUCUCCAAAAUGAAGCUCUGGAAAAAUGGUUCGAGGAUUCCCAUACUUUGAACAAUGAGAUUUCGGAUUUCCUUGGAAGUACCACUUUGAUUAUAAAUGAUCUCUCGACCAGCGAUAAAAAGACCCAAGAGUUAUGUAAAUUGCUGAAAAAACUGGAAACCAUCCUGGAUCUUUAUAAAAUCAUACAGGAAGUCACGAUUCCUUCUCACGUAAUAUACAAGUACAGGGUACAUCAUGUAACAAUGUCGCUGAAAAAAAAGAUCAACGUUACAGCGAAAUUGAUGCACAGCUUAAUCUGCCACACAAUCGAGUACACUGACGAAGAAUGUUUACAGUCGUUUUUUCGACUCGUAAAUGCAUACAACGGAAUGCUGGACUUAAAACACGACGUAUUUAUUUCGUCAAUAAACAGAUUUCACAACGACUGCCCUCGAAUGUUGGAACCACUUAAAAAAAUGUCGUUCACUCAUUUAUUACAGAUACUCGCGAAAAACAAAUCCGAAAAGUACUGCCAGGAACUUCUAGUCAGCUUAAUGGCGAACUAUAAGCCGAGCAAACGGAAGAAAGAAGUCACUUCGCCAGAAUCUGGGGACGUUGAAAUUUCCGAGAAUUCCAGCGUCGAGAUAUAUCGAGCCCUGACGAAGAAUAUAACUCCACCCACAACGAGCAAUUCUGCCCCAGAACUCGAGGACUCGAACAUAGAAAGUAUUCGAGCACUCGUUAAUACGCAAAACGAGGAAGUUAAUAUCCUGCUGAAUAUCGCAAAGGACAUCUCGCCUCGACUUCUUGGUCCAGAGGCCCUCAAAACGGAAGAAGACGAGACUCGAGUGAGGCGAACCGCCUUGAAGAGAGUUAUCAAUUAUUAUCAGGAAGUGGCUUGGGUCGCAGUUUCCACCAUAUUGGAUCACAUUAUUCUUUGGUGGUCUGCGGGGCCUUUUACGGCUCGACAUAGGUACGAAGUCGAGCAUCUUAACGACUGGCUUCAUAGGUUCACUCAAAGAGCCGAUGUCCCAUCGAAUGUAAGGUCCAUCCUACAAAAUUUGCGCGAAACUUUGGCGGUUCACAUUACCGUCACGGUUUGGGAUCGACUCUUCAGAACGGCUUACACAUCCGCUUUCGAGUGUCAAUCAAAGAGAUCAUCCAUUGAGGGAACAGAUACUGGCCGAGCCUUCGUCGAAGUCUUCCAGCUGUUGGUCGGUUUGGCCAACGAGGGCGAAAUCAGUGAAGAAUGGACUCAAGGAGCCCCUUUAGCCGAACUUCCGUUGUCGGAACAAAUUUUGGUUUUGCACAGAUUGGACCACUCGGUUCACACAAUGAGGCUGUGGGCGAUGAGAGAAUCCACCGCGAUCGCGCACAGCUGGGACCUCGACAGCUUCUUCCUGGUUGUUCAUGGCGAUCUGGUAAACUGUAGCAAGGAGUUAUCUUACCUAAAGCUCGCUAAUCAUACAAAUUCUCUAGAAGUGGAAUCGUUGAGCGUUCAAGUGUUCGUUUGUGCAAAGAUGAGAGUGAAGAUCGUAUCCGAGGUGAAUGCGAAUGUCUCAUUGCUGAAGAAUGCAUCAUCGAUGUGCAUUGACACCCUCGCAAAGAUUUGCCGCGUGGUGAGCCUGGCCAAUUUGCAUAUGUGUUUUCCCCGGCCAGCUUAUUGGAGAAAAAACAGAAGUGUCGCACCUUCCGCUCCCAGUCCCUACGUUAAAACAUUUUUCGAGAAUGUUUUAUUACCCGUUCUAGAGGUAAUGGAGGACCACGAGAUUCCUAACAUGAUCUUGAAAAUCAUGUGCGAAGCGUGGCUCGAUUACAUUUAUUUACACCGGAUUAAAUUCAGUAAAUGGGGAGCUCUUCAACUUUUAACUGACUUCGCCUUUGUUACCAACUGGGUCACCGAAUGUUCGAUAAUCUCGCAGAAUAUAAGAAAUCACCUCGUAAAGAAUGAAGUUUUGCGACGAUGUGAGGGAGUAGGUCGUCUUCUUCUGCGACAUCCUGGAGAAACCAUUUCCAUGUUCAAACAACCAGUGCAAAAAACGGGGGAAAACGGAUCGCCGGAAUCAAUCGGAUUGGAACGAAUGCCAGCCGAGAUGUACGUUCCAAAUCAAGAACAAUGGCUGGAGCUUCGAGCACCAAACAGAUACAGCUUUUGUUGUACAGAAUAA